UGCGGGAAAACCUUCAAUCACAGCUCAGCCGUCGUUGUACAUCAGAGGAUCCAUACAGGAGAGAGACCCUACAGAUGCUGUGACUGCAGGAAAAACUUCCGUUCCCAGUCAGACCUUAUUAAACAUCACAGAAUCCACACGGGGGAGAAACCCUAUGAGUGCUGCGAGUGUGGGGAAAACUUCACCCAGAGUUCUGCCCUUAUUACACAUCAGAGGAUCCACACAGGAGAGAGACCCUAUGUAUGCUCUGACUGUGGGAAAAACUUCAGUCAGAGCUCAGCCCUUGUUACACAUCAAAGGAUCCAUACAGGAGAAAGACCUUACAGAUGCUGUGACUGUGGGAAAAACUUCAUUUACUGCUCAGAUCUUAUUAAACAUCAGAGGAUCCACACAGGGGAGAGACCCUAUGAGUGCUGCGAGUGUGGGAAAACCUUCACUCUGAGCUCACACCUUAUUGCACAUCAGAGGAUCCACACAGGAGAGAGACCCUACAGAUGCUGUGACUGUGGAAAAACCUUCAGUCAGAGCUCACACCUUAUUAAACAUCAAAGGAUCCACACAAGAGAGAGGCCCUAGGAAUGCUCUGAGUGUGGGAAAUGCAUCCAUCAGAGCUCAGCCCUUAUUUACCAGCAGAGAAGCUACCAUGGAGAGAAACACCAUAACAAAAUUCUCUAAUUUCAGAAAAAAGAAAAGGAGUACUUGUGG